UUUGGUUCCUUCUUGUCACCGAUAUCAUCUCGUGCAGCUGAAACCGGUGGUAUCAAUAAAAAUAUUAUCAAAAUUUUAAAUUAAAAAUAUUUAAUAAAAAAACUUAAUAAAUCAUAAUGAACACUAAUCUGAAUAUCUUGAGAAAUAUCUUCCUCAAUGGAAAAACAUCAUUCUAUAACGUGCCACGAAGGUUUUAUGCUGCACCAAAACGUUUCUACAAAAACACAAAUGUCCUCUACAACGAUGGCAAAUAUGAAAUAACUUUGGAUCAUCGAAAAUUAAAAACACCCAAAGGCAAUCCGUUUCUAUUGAAAAGUGAACCUUUGGCUAUUGCCGUUGCCACUGAAUUUGCUAAUCAAAAAGAAACUAUUGCUCAAUCGUCAAUGCAUUUGUCGGCAUUGUGUUUUACUUCAAUGGAUAAUCCAAAUCAUUUGAGCAAACCUGAAAUGGUUAAUUAUAUGUUGAACUUUUUACCAACUGAUACAGUUUUAUAUCAAACAGAGGAACAAAAAGAUCUCUAUGAUUUACAGAAAAACGAAUGGGAUCCAGUGAUUGAGUGGUUCAACAAACGUUUCGACACAAAUAUUCAAAAGACACCAAGUAUAUUACCUCCGAUUGUGUCGGAUGAUGAUAAAAUGAAGAUAUCCAAAUACUUUUUAUCGCACAGUGAAGAUGUCCUCUAUGGCUAUAUCUUUGCUGUGGACACUCUAAAGUCGAUAAUCCUCUCUUGUGCCGUGAUUGAGCAACACAUCACCGCAGACAAAGCUGUAACCCUAUCCCGCCUCGAAGAGGAAUUCCAAUUGAAAUUCUGGGGUCGUGUUGAAUGGGCUCACGAUAUGAACCAACAAGAGUUACAAUCUCGUCUAGCAGCUGCCAUACUUUUUGUCCAUUUCAAUCGAUCCGAACGAUUCAUCAAGGAGAAGCUAAUUGUUUAGAAAAUAAAGUGCACGACUCUAUAUUAGUUUAAAAAUAA